UUUGCAGUGAGGCAGUCGUUAGUUGGAGAAAGCCCUCCGCCGAAGAAAAAAAGUCGCGAAGAACUCAUCGGUGAGGCAUACGUAAUUGCAACUUUAUGAAUUAACUUCAAGUGUCAAAGCGUCAUGUCAUACCUCUCACGAUCCUAACUGAAGUCUUAUUCAAGUACUUCUUUUUCCUUUUUUUCCCCUUCAUCUCAACGUUUUCUACCCUGAUUUUAAGCGUGGUCUCUUACAUUUCCCGUGGAUAAAAGUAUUUCGGAAAUUAUUUGUUAUUAGUAAAUGCUAUAAUCUUGUCACCUUCAAAUAAGAGGUCUGGAGUAUCAAAUUCAAUUGUCUACGGAGUCAUCGGCUUCGAAAUAACCAUGGUAAAUUUUAUUUAAUCGUUCGUCAAACUUAAUUUACAUUCAUGUUCCUCUUACGGCAAUUUUGGUUUCUUUGAAGAAUUAAUUUAUAGGCCUUAUAAAGUUUAUACUUAUAGUGUACUCAGUAUUACUUGUUUUAUUUGUGCGGCAGACAUGUUUAAUCUUGUGAGAGUACCUUAAAAGGAUGAUGAGGACUUAACUGUUUAAAUUUUUUUGGGAAAUAAAAACUGUUUUGCCCUGUACUAGUCUGCAGUGUGCAGAUUCCCCUGCUGAUCAACAAAUAACUAAGAAUGGUAAAGGUUUAUGUAUCGAUUUUGUUUCCCAAAAAGUGUCUCUGAUAUUCAUGUUUUUAAGAUUACUCUCAGAUUUGACAUUUAGGCUUCCACAGCAAUGCCUAAGCCAGGCAUAAAUGUUAGGAGAUAUUUCUUAAAAUAACCUGAGAUCAGCCAAUAUCAUUCUUUAGCAGCUCUGUCGCAUUUCUCUUACCUGGCCACAGAAAAUUUUCUUUUCAUUUCAUUCAAGUAAUACAGAAAUGUAGUCUGAUCUCUGGUUAUUUAUAUUUAAGAAAAUAGAACUGUUUCAAGUAUAAACACUUUCUUUUGCAGGAAACACAUGCGAUGACAAUAAUACCCUUACAAAGUAAGUUGCCUAGCAUUUACACAUUAAUUUUUAUUAUUAUUACAAGAUGAUUCUAGAUGAUAAAGAGUUACUUGUUAGCUGUGGACCUCGAAGGCUGUUGACUUAGACAGAGGAAAAUCCUAGCACCAGGAGGAUCCUAGAAGGUGGAUCAUCCUUGUGCCGUAUGUUUUCUGUAUUUGGUUGACAUGCAAAGGGUUGUACUUGUCCCUAGCACUAGGAACUUGCUAAGAAGUACUAGAAUCUUCCCUGCUGAGAGGCAGGAAGUUCCUAGCACGAGGAAGAUCCUAGCAUCAUGUUAACUGCUAUUGUUAAGAAGAUUCUAGUUUUAGGGACAAACCGGACAAAACUGGCGGCAGGUCGUUCAAUGGGUAAUCACAGCAAUAAGGGCCAACAAUUCUGUUUCCUGUUACUAAGUCAUAAAGCACAGACAGUUGCUGCUGAAAGGUUGUUAUUAACCAGGGCAGAAGGACCCAAAUUGCAUGUUAACUACUGUCGCCCACCAUCUUUCAUAAUGCCAUCUCCUUUUGGUAACCACACAAACCAACAUUUCUGUAAGUAAACCCAACAAAAAUUUGUUCUGCCGUCUAGGAUCUUCCUGUUGCUUGGAUCUUAAUCCCUCCACAUAAACAGCCCUGUAGACGAAUUUCACAGUGCCUGGUAAUCGGAAGCUAUAAAAAGAUGCCAUUUGUUUCCAGAAAACAAUAUGCCUCUGAUAACUUACUUUUGACAAGGCUGUGCUCUAAGGAAAAUUGAAGGGAGUCCAGUACUCUGAACCUGUAAAAUCUAGGGUGCCCAGCAUAUGAUCAAUAUGAAGAAAGUAAGAUUUUCCAGUUGCCCAAAAGCAAAAGUUUAUAGGCACCAGGGGCCACCGGGCUCUGCUACAGCACAGCCCUGUGUGAGUAGAUCUAUGUGAAUUGUUUGUUGUGAAUCUCUCGCUGCCAUCUUGCUUUCUUCAAAAGAAAGUGGAAUUUGAGCUCUAGUCAGGGCAUGUGUGUUGUAUUGUGUGAUCUGUGCAUGAAUGGUAAAUGUACUUUGAACGUGCACAUGCAAAAGGCCAAAUUUUGUGUAUCAGUAAAAUUAAUGUCAGUCUACUGAGACAAUUAACCUAGGUUGAAGCCUCUUGGAUGUAUUCCACAUUUAAUGCUUGUGAUCUACAGAUAGAUCUGGUACAAGUAAUAAUUUUGUUAAUUAAUUUACAUGUAGUAACCAUUUCUUUGCUCCAGGGAGUGAAUAAAAUCUUACUUUAUUCAACGGUAGUCAUCAAAGGUCAUAAAUGCAUGUCAGUGACUCUGGAAAUUAGUUUAAAAGGAAUAAAAUUCUCCUAGUGGGAGUUUUGAUUUAAAAAGAAAUUCUCUCCACUAUAAAGUAACAGCAAUACAUUGUAAAUGCUGUAGAAAGCAUUGUGGAGAAACUGCAUACAUGGUGAUGGAAUCGUUAGGUUUUUUAUUAGUUAUUUCAGACUGUGCUACAUGCAUGUCAUGUGAGUUACAACUACAGACUUUAUGGUGUCAAACUUGGCUAAAUUAGAGACAUAACAUCACAUGCUCACGUUGGUUUGAGAAUUGUCAUCCUCAAUGUGCAUAAAGGCUUUUUGUAUUUGUGUUAAACUUUUAUUUUUCUCUAACAACAGGUCUUCAUCUCCUCCUGUCCCCCCUCCAAGGAAAUACAAAAAAAAUGGGACUCCUAAGCAGGCCGGAGAUUUAAGUCCAUGUACAGAAAGCAAAGAAAAUGUCCCGUCAAUAAUUCCUGUAAAACCCCCGAGCAGUACCAGCUCUUCAACGCCACCGAAUGAUGCUCAAGGACAGAAGAGGAAACCCGUAAAACCAGCUCCACCAAAAAGGGUAAGCUCUCUUGGUCGUAAAGCCACAAUGCCUACAAAUGCACAUUCUCUUCCUGUUGGUAAAAAGCCAAGACCUCCAGUUCCUCCAAAACCAAAGAACUAUGUUCCUAAGAAAGCUUCACUUCCUGCUGGUGGUAGUAUGAAAAGUGAUGAACAAGGCAAGGAUCAGACAACUAAAGGAAGAGCCGAUUCAGCACCUUCUAUGCCCACUUCCAGUUUGUCUGCUGAUCAUGACUCAAAAUUUUUUGUUAACUUGGAAAAGGAAAAUAACACUGUCCCUUGUGAAAGUGCUGAUGUUAAGAGGGCAUCUCAGUUUUUUGUGUCUUUGGAUCACGAUCAAACGCCAAGUGCCUCUGCUACAAAGGUAGAAACAGAAUCAGGGAAGCAAAAUUCUAGUGCGAGUGUUACCAGAGUUGAAGCAGAUGAUAACGAAGUUACCUGUGUUGUGAAUGCUAGCAGUAAACGUGAAGUGUGUCAAAAUGGUGUUGCCUCGGUACAUGCCAGAUCAACUUUUUACCAUUUUCCUGCAGAAUGUAAUUCAGGAAAGGAGUCCCCAGACCCCCUUGAAGGGCUUGAAAUAGAAGCUGAUUUUAUGAGCGAUGGUGAAGGAGAAGGAGUUUCAUCUGACAAAGAGAGAAGGAGCAAACUUGAGCCUGACUCUGUGGAUGUCAAUGGUGCAGCUGCAACAGAUGAUGUGGGUGUUGUUUUGAAAGAGCAGGGCGGCAGUGAAUUAAUACCAGCAGGUACUGAUGAAAAUGUUAAGGUCAUGUUUAGUCUUGUGCUUGAAGAGGAGUGCUCUGUAUCAAUGGUUGAUGCUGCUGAUGUCCAGCAAAAACUUUUUGAUGUCACAGCGACGGAAGAUGGUAAAGAAGCUGAAUCUUUGACUGAAUUCAGUAAUGACACUGAAAAUGUGAUUUAUCCUGAAAAAAGUGAAGAAGUACUCGAGGAUAGUUUAUCCACAGAGCCAUCACAUUCAGUUACUGUUCAAAGUGAAGGCUAUGUUUGUGAUGUUAAGGUUGAGAAACCCACUGAAGAUUUGCAGGUAUGUGGGCAAGACUUUGUUUCAAACAAGGAUGAAGGUACCCAAGAAAACAUUUUUGAUGGUGAAAUGCCUAUUGGUGAGACUCACAAUAACAAAUUCAAGAAUUUAGAACCAAAAUAUGAUACCCAGUCAGAUAAUUUAGAUCUACAAACAGAGGUGCUUGCAAAUGGUACACCUGAAGUUACACUGCUGCAUGCUGCAGAAGAAAAUACGGACAUAAUCAUAGCUGAGCCUGUGAAAGAGGGGUUCUUUUCAUCAGUUAGUGACCAUACAAUUUCCAGGGGUAGUGUUGAAAUAGCGGAAGAAGAAAAUAAAUGUUUGAGCACUGAUGAAGGUGUUGUUAAAGUAGAAGAAGAAUCUCAGUGGAGUAGUUCCCUGUCUGAGUGCACAAGUAAUGUUGUACAGACUGUUUCUGAAAAACUGCUAGAAGAGGUCAGUGAAGGAAUAGAGAAUAUUAGUAGUGAUGCUGGACAAUCAGAAGUUGAUGUGACUGAAAGCCCACCUGAAAGAGGAGAGUCCAAAGAUGUUUUUAUAGAACCAAAUAUUGAAGAAACUCCAAGGGACGAGGUGGUUAACGAACAACAUAAUGAAAAAGAUAGCUCAGAAAAUACAGAUUCAUUUGCAGACUCAGAUGGUCUGGUGAAGCUGCAAUCAGACAAAAAGCUUCCCAUCUGUGCAGCAGAAACAUGCACUGCAAAUGAUCUUAGUGAUAAUUCUAUUGAAGGACUCGAAGAUGGUAAAAAAGAUGACGUUGUACCUCUGGAAAGAGUUGAUGUAUUAGUAGCUGAUUCACAAGAAGUCAAAGAUGACAGUAAACCAGAAUCACCGUCCUCUCCUGAGCCAAUACCUCCAGCAAGAAGGAGUCGCAAAACUCCACAAGGAAAACAUGCUUAUGAAAAUGCUGAGAUAUUUAGUUCAUUGCAUGGAGGAAAUGCACAAACAGACAAUGAGAAAAAGGACAAUUCUCUUAGAAGGACUCAGUCUUUUAGUAAGUAUGAGACUACUGUGUUAUCUUUGCAACGCCCGGUCCAGCGUGUAUCUGACGAUGAAGCCAUUUACAGGGUACCAAGUAAGGUGGUGCCAGUUCAGAGAUACACUGAUGAUGAUUCAUGUCUGUAUAGUGUACCUCAUACAAUUCCAACCCAUCGCAUAGACAGAGAUAAUGGUUAUGCUGUACCAAAACCUAUCAUUGUCCAAGCCAAUGCAGUGGUGGACAGACUUAAAGCAGAUGAACAGGGAGCGAUAUAUGCUGUGCCAGGUAUGCCUACACCAGUCCCUGCUGAAACAUUUCCCGACCAGUCAAUUGCGGAGGCCACAAUGACGCCACAGGAUGAGCGAAACAUUUAUGUUGUUCCUGGCCGACAGAAUGCCGAUGUGACAGUAUCAGCAAAGAUCUCAGUGGUCCCACCACCAAAACCACCGAGACUUAGUCUCUAUCUUGACCAGGAUAAGACUGAGAAAAUUCUAGGGGAGGGGGCUGGCAUAAAAGAGGUCCCCAGACCAGCCCCAAGGACACGAGCUGUUGAUGAUGCAAUGCAAGAGCUUAACAAGCAGAAAGGGUCACCCAGCCCUGUACCAAGAAGAAGUUCCAAAACAGAGGCUUCUGGAUCAUCGACACCAGAGAAUAAAGGUUCGCCAAGUCCUGUUCCAAGGCAGGGUUCCAAAACGGGUUCUGGAGCUUCUACGCCUGAGAGGAAAGGAUCACCAAGUCCUUUACCAAGGAGCUCAUUGCAGAAGACAGAGACUGAAUCAGAAUCACAAGGAACUAAUUCCCCUGUCCCGGUCAGACGAAACCGUGUAAAUGCUCUUCAGACAAACAUUGAUGCUUCCUCAUCCUCAGUGCUACCAUCAUCUUCCGAGGUAUCCGUGACAGAAGGCACAGAAGAUGAUGUUCCUAAACGUAAAGUGCCCCCUCCACCUCGGCCGCCACCUCCUGAUCCGGUGAGAAUAAGUAUUGCCAGCUGUCAAGAUUCUCCUUUUGCUCCUCCUCUGACUCCUGGUCUGGAAUCCGACUCUGAUUCUGAUGUAGGUGAAGUGGAGACGCCAAAAGUGAGUAUCAUCACAGCUGUGAAUCACUGUACAUUUAGGAGGGUAUCAAUCAGGUAUAGCAAUAUCCACUGUAUAAAUCUCUGUUGACUGGAUAAUGCAAUUUAGUAAAAUCCAACUAGUGGUCUAUUAUCAAUGCUGCGUUCUGGUUGGUUGAGCUACUACUGGGCUAUAUGUUAUAGCCCACCAGUAGAGAAAAGCGUGGGCUUUUUGACGGCAAAAAAGGAUUUAAGUCUAGCUUUAACUAGCUGAAGUUUUUUGUCUCGAUAUUUUGACCAACUGGUUGGAUUUUACUAAAACAAUUAUUCUGCUCGCCCUCAUGGCCUCUGAGUCAGUAGCCCAUGCAGCCUUCGGCCUCAUGGGCUAUUGGCUCACAGCUCACAACUCUUACUUGCUGGAUAGUGAUUAUCCAGUGGAUAGUGUUAUCUAGCGUUUGACCAACCCGGACCUGGUCAAUAAAAAAGACUCCCUGUUAGUAAGAGGUACUAAAACAUCAAGAUUGGGACCAAGUAUAGUGCAUGCUAACUUGACAUUAUCACAUACCAUUCACACAGCACAAAAGAAAGAUAACAAGCCAGAAAUGUUCUGUAACACUUUUAUGGGUAAAUGUGAAGGGUACUGUAAAUUUCCGCCUAUACAGCCCCCUCCCUCCACACUUAUAAGCUCCCCAGUUAUGAGUCCACCUACCUGUAAACAAAAAAAUACAUCCGGUCAUAAGCCCCCUCGGAUAUACGUCCCUCCGUUUUUAAACCCUCCCCCCCCCUUCACUUAUAAACCCUCCAGUUAUGAGUCUAUCUUCCCUUUAAACCAAAAAAUACAUCCGGUCAUGAGCCUUCUCGGAUAUACGCCCCUCCGUUUAUAAGCCCCCCCCUCCCUUAUAAAUCCCCCAGUUAUGGGCCCAUCUUUCCUUUAAACAAAAAAAUACAUCCGAUUUUUUUAGCCCCCUGGGAUAGACGUCCCUCCUUUUAGAAGCCCCCCUCCUUUUAUAAGCCCCCCCAGUUCUUCCCUUUAAGCAAAAAAUACAUCUGGCUAUAAGCCCCCCUGUAGCUUGUGUUAAAAUGAAUUCGAUUUUUUACGAUGUUUUGAAGCACCGCUAUAUAGACUGUUUCGAAACACAUUUUUUAGUUCAGUUAUACUGUCAUGUAGGCUCCCCAGAUAUGAACCCCCCUCCCCCCUCCCCCCUCCCCUUGUUUAUAACCCCUUACAAAGUUGUAUAAGCCGAGGGCUUAUAAUCUGAAGUUGACGGCAUGUUGCAGUACUUUUUAUUUAUUGCUUCCUUAUGUAAUAUUUUUUGUUGUUGUAAUCUUACCUAUUUUUGUAGGGACCUUCCAAACCUAAGACACAUCACAUUGCACAUGAAAUUCUUUCCACCGAGCGAACUUUUGUUGAUGCUUUGAAACUCGUGUUUGAGGUAUGUGUUUGCGACUUUCAAUAAAAGUUGAAGUAGCCAGCAGGCGUUGUGAUGUAACUGUAAAUUGUGUUCAGUAAGGUGUAGGAAAUAAUGCAGCGUUCCUCGUUGACUAAACUUCAUAAUUAUUAUUUCUUUUUAGGAAUGUUAUGGUACCAUCAAGACCGCUAAUGUGGUGGCGGAAACCGUGCUUAGCGACAUCUUCAGUGAUUUAGAGAACAUUUAUCUGCUUGAUUCAAGAUUCCUUCAGGAACUGGAAGAAAGAAUGGCAACAUGGUAAUGAAAAAAGAGAAGAAAAUCGUAGUUUAAUUUUAAAAUCAAGGGCAGUUGCGACUUCAUCAAUUUUCCGCUUUUUUUCUUAAUAGGGAGGAACAUGAGAGAAUUGGAGACAUUAUCAAGAAAUACGGACACUUCUUGAAGGUAUACAAUUAUAUGAAUUUUUUUUUCUUUUUACCUAGUUUUCCCUUUGUCUGGGUUUUUUCAUUUAACCUCGAGUUCACUCAAGGAACAUUGUACUGAGCUGUUUUUUUUUUUCUCUUCGUUGCUGUUGUUCUUGUUGUACUUUUUGCUCUGACGUGGAGUAAAACGUCACCCAAAAGGUUGACGUAGUGUUCUUUUAUAACGUAGGAAAGGCAUUAACAAUUAUUGUUAUUUCAGUAAUCGAUCAGUGCAAAUCGUUGAAACAACGAAGGAUGUCUGAUUAACAACUUUGUUCAGUGGUGGUUUGAAAAUGUUCAGACGAUAACAGCUUAUGGAAAUAACAGCUUUUGAAAUGUUCUUGUAGACAAAAAAAAAAAAACAAAUAAAAAAAGGAAACUUGCAUUUAACGGUAUUGAUCAGAUAACUUGUUUCCUGAUUUCCAGUUGGAACAAGUAGAAUUUGAACGCUAACGCAACAUUUAUAUCCAAAAAAAAGAAAGAAAAACAGAACUGUAAAAAUUAUUGUUCUUUCAGAUGUACACCCAGUAUGUGAAUGGUUAUGAUAAAGCCAUGAGUGUGUUUCAAGAAACAAUGAAAGAAAAUCCUGAGUUUGCCAAGUUAUUCACACAGUUUCAGGUAUGAUAAAUAUGAUAGGCUUUUUUGUGACCACUUACAGUAGAACAAUGUAGCAUAUUAUCGCACUCAUUGAUAACGGACCUUUUUUCAAAUUAUCCUUAGUGAAUAUCCAUCGACUCUGCUGGAAAAAGCGCCUUACAUCAAGCAAACUUAGCAAGUUUAAAAUUGAUGCCAAAAUGACCAAAAAUAUAGGCUACAAAGACGCGGAAGUUUACAGACGCUUGUAAGCGCUUUAGAUAUACAUGUAUACUCAUCUGAUACGGAAUUUAACGAACAGAAGCACUUUAAGCACCUUUGUAUUGUAUGUGUACUUAAUAUAGUUUUAUCUUUUGAGUCUGAAGAUGAAAUCCUGAAGUUUUUCCGUUCAGGUUAAAGCUACUGAGCAUUACUUUCCUGUGGUACUGUUUCUUAUAUAUUCUGCACAAAAUCAUUCUACUUUUUGAGUCUGUGUUUGAAUUUUUAAAGUGCGAUAGUGUUUAAGUGAACCUAUAUUCCAGUUGUUUUUCAAAUAAAAGAUUAACCUAAGCUUAUGGCUUUCAGCCAUAUUUUCAACUGAACUUUGUACAAUUCAAUUUGAACUCUGUACAUUCCAAAACAAGAGAUUUGAUAAACUUCGAUUUAAAGCACAAUUGAAGUUGUCCUUUAACUUUAGAACAGUGAAAGAUGUCAUGGAUUAAUUCUGUCUUCGUACAUGCUGAAACCUGUCCAGCGGAUUCCAAGCUACAGGCUUCUUCUAAUAGGUGAGUUAGACUUUCGUGGUUUUGUAGCCUUCGUAGCUGACAGUGUUGUAAUGCGGGGAUGUAGUUUCUUUCUCCCAAACUUCUCGCAGCUCUUCCGCCAAAAAUCAAGAGCACUCCUCGGCUAAUACCGUCAGUUACGCAGGCUAGUUGUUAUGGUAAAAUUUAAUUGCUAAAAACUCGUUGUUAUUUGACCAUAAGCCAAGUGUGAAUUUCUUAAUAUUCAAGACACUGCGAGGUAAAAUUAGACGCAGAAACGGGUACUUUGUUUUGGUUUAGCCGAGAUUUUUAUGCCGAAAAUCUCUUUGUUUGCGGUGGGAUAAUGUCAAAUGAGAAUGGAUUUGCCUACAAGCCAAGAAAAAUACGUCAGUAAGUCACGUUUCUUAGAUUUCAAACCUCUUGCUGCUCAUAUUCGACUAUUCUAUCUAUCGUUUGUCAUCGUUUUAUCUCUUUGACUAUAAGCACAAAGCAAGUUAUACUUUUGCAGAAGGACUUUUUCAGGAAUAGUUUCACUGGUGAUAUUAUCGCUGUAGGUCUUUUCAGGUCCAGUAUUUAUUUUUAUGAUUUAAUUAUUCCCUUUGUUAUUAUUAUGUUAUUUUUCAGACUACCUUAAGCACUUACCGAAGGAUUCAGAGGAAUUUAAGGACACAGAAAGUAAGCUGGUGAUACCUCCUGCCUUGCUCGUUAAUUCCCCUCUUUUUUCUCACAUUGCCUUGCUUAAAUCUGUGAGAGGUAGCCCUAGAUGAGGCAAAAUCGAAGUGCCUCUACUCGCUUGGUAGUUCGCCAAUUGCAAUUGCCACUGUUGCCCUUACAUGCUGACUUGGGAAUUCACCUCCCAUGUAGUCAACAUUUUUGAAACCCAAGUACAUCACUAUAGCCACGCAGAGGAGCACCCUUCGCCGAAGCCCUUAUCUGCUAUCUCUUAGUCAAGUGUCAGCGUUCGUUAGAAUAUUCUUUUUUUUUUUUUUGCCGCGAAAUUAGUUUUGUUUUUCACUACUGGAAUCGCCUCCUUCCCUGUUCUGAUUGGCUGAAACGUUUUUGGUCGCAAAAGAUUAAUCUAUAAAUAACCUGAAAAUCUCACAUGCUGUGUCGUAGGAUAAAUAGAAUAAAUGAAUGUUUUAAUUAUCGUAUCCCUUAUGGGGCUUUUCAGGGGUAAUAAAACACAUAAAUAACUUCAAAUGGAACAUAACAAGGCUAAGGAUCCCAACUGGUAGGAGUUGUAUCUUUUGACAAUUUAACAAGCGUGGCCGAGGAUUUGAACUUGGGACUACCGAGAACAAGCGGUCAGGAUAGGACUUGAACUUCGGGCCUCCGGAUCACAAGUCCGGCGCUGUAACCGCUUAGCCACGCUGUCUCCUUGGCGCUAUGUCUUAGACAGAUAUAGACAGAGGUUCCGUAGAGAUGAGAACUAGUCACCUGUAUUACUGAAGUCAAACGGAAAUUCCCUAUUUAUCGUCAUUAGUUUCCAUUAGCGACUGGGUUGGAGUCAUGAGAGCGCUUAUGGCUCAGUCGGAGUCGUUGUAAGCGGAGCCAUAACCUCGACGAAACCGGAGUCACGAGAAUUAGAAUGUUUCCAAUUUCUUUCGAUUCUCCUUUUAUAUUCCGUCACUUAUGAUAUAGCUAAAACCAAAUUGUCCGAGUUUGAAGCAGAAGCGGAAGAAUAAACCAGUGAAAAUGCAAAUUCUCAGGGGCCGUGUAACUGAUUUAGUAUUUUUUCGCUUGGAAUUGCUUUCGGUGCGCGUAGCUUUCACCAAAUUCACUUUCAGGCUGGUUGUCACAAGGAAAGUGGGAUUCUGUUUCCACUAGAUCAUAACGCCCUGCGCUACUGAUUAACAGCUCGUCUCUAGGGAAAUCCUGCCUAAUAGAGGCACAUGGAAGUGAUUUUGUUUAGAUAUAUUUCUGAGCUUCUUCUGUAUUGUUCACGUUUAACAGCUACACUGAAGAUUGUUUCGGAAGUUGCAACACAUAUAAAUGAGUCCAUGAAGAAAAUGGUAUGUACUUGCCUAUAACUAGACUGCUACACAGCCGUUUUUAGAGUCGUCACGCAACGCUCCUCCCCACUCUUUGUGGGGAGGAGCUUUGCGUGACGACGCUAGAAAAGGCUGUGUAACAGACUACCCUAUAACGAGUGCGAAAACAAAUAUGGCUGAAAAAUAGCAGGGAGUAGCCCCAUAAGUGUCAGUCUGCUUUACAAAAGUGUCUCUACCAUCCUCUAUGAUACCAGGGAGGGUAGGUUAUGUUCACUCCUGGUUCACUGGUGCCAGGAUACCAGCAAAAAAUGGUGUGGUGUUCACACCUUGAGUGCCCGAUAUGAAACUCUAUAUAGUUGCUCCAUUGCGCCUUGUCAGACGCCAUUUGAAAAGUUGUGCGUGGUAGGAAGUUAUGGAUAUUCAAAGCUUUGGAUGGCCUCGGAACUUACAGAUUAUGGACGUACACAGGGACCCGGUGACCAGUUUAGUGCCCUGAUUCCGGCGUAGGAAGUUGAAAAAAAGGGUGUGUUCACAUUAGAAACCAUCGGAGACAAGCUUUCUUUGCAUUUCGUCUUUGAUGAUCAAUCAGUUAUAAUGCCCAUACUUUCAUCUUCCAUUUUCUCCCUUUUUUAAUAGGAUAGUUUUGAGCAGCUGCUAAAACUGCAGAGUAUGCUUGUAGGAAAUCCAGAGAUAGUGAAAGCUGGACGGGUAGGUUCGAUUUGGACAACGUAAUUUGUGUGUUUAGGUACCUUUAGAUUCGAGAACGGGAACACCCCUGAAAACUUCAUUGUACUUGUGAUUCAUCAGAAAAGUUAGCACUGUAUGUUUAUUGGAGGUUAAGCCUUCUCCCGGUCGCAAAAUGAUAAAACCUCUAACAUAUGAUCACUUGUUUCCGCCACUACCACAUUCUGGCUGAAACUCGUACCCAGUCGUCUCUGGUGAAAUCUGGGAAAUGCGCGCAAGGCUUCGCGUUUUUCCUUCCUCCUUCCCUUGAUGCAACGCGAACUCGCUUAAACCUUCCCACCAAUCAUCGCGCAAACAAGAGAAGUGGCUGGGUACGAGUCUGAUUCUGGCUAAAACCCGUAGUAGAAUGACGACGUGAACUACUCGUAAAAUAAGACAUCUCGUCUUUACCACAUUCGACGCACGUAUACGAAAUGUAAAACGUAAAAAUAAAAAUGUUCUAGAAGUUUUAAAAUCCUCGAUAUAUAUUUCGCUCUUCGAGCCUUGUCAGUCAAUAAAAUGUUUAUGUUCAGGUUAUUCGAACACAUUCCUAGUCUCGGCAUUUACAAUAGGCUGAUUUAGCUACAGAACGAGAACGUCAGUUGACGACGGGAAAGCGCGCGGAAAUGACUAAACGCUACUUCCGGUGCCCAAUUUGUCGCUCUGCCAUUGGUCAAGCCAGUUGUUAGAUUUGCGCGCGCCGUCGUCAACUGACGUUCCCGUUCUGUUGUUAAAUCAGCCUAAUUUCUCAAGAAUGACGACGGCUAUCACGUUUUCCCGCCAAAAUGACGCUGGUUCACGUGUGCGCACUACUUAGUGUUGAGAAAAUCGUGUCCGCGUAGUCAUCCUUGUCUUAGAAGCUUAAGAUCUGUAAUAUAAUACAUGCAGCCUAAGCUCAAAGUAUGAGGAUACUUAACAACUAUUCCUCGAGCCCGAAUGGGCUCUGAGUCGGCCGAAUUGGCUAUUGCCUCAGAGCCAUGAGGGCGAGAGGAAUAAUUGUUUUAGUAAAAUCCAACUAGUUGGUCAAAAAUAUCGAGAAUAAAAAACUUUUAUCUAGUUAAAAGCUUGAUUUAACUCCUUUUUUGCCGCCAAAAAGCCCGCGCUUUUCGCUACUAGUGGGCUAUGACAUAUAGCCUAGUAGUAGCUCAACCUAUGAGAACGCAGUAUUAAUAAUAGACCACGAACUGGAUUUUACUAAAUAGAAUUAGCCUGUGGUGCAUGAAUCCACUUCAGUGCAGGACCAGAAAACCACAUAAGAGACAAAGAAACAUAAAACUAAGGCGAGGCCAGUAGGCUAUUUUUAUGCAGUGCUCUUUCACAUUUUUUAAUGUAAAUAACCACAAUACUCGGAAUUCCCCUAGAAAUGGUUUUAUUGCAAAUUUUGCAUAAUCGUUACACAGAACAGACACAUUUUUCAACCUUUGCUGGUUUCGUUUGUAAUAUUUUCUUAUCGCACACGACGAUCGCCGUACCUUGUGAAUCGGCCUUCAGGCAUGUUUUUAGUACUACCGAUUCGAUUCGACAGUAAUACAGCUCACCAGUAUUUGUUACUUCAACAGGAUUAUGUUAAAGAAGGAAUGUUGAUGAAGUUAUGCCGGAAGGACAUGCAGGAGAGAAUGUUCUUUCUGGUUUGUAUAAUACCUUUUUCUUUUCUAAUACAUUAACUGGGCUCCGAACGUAGGGUCUUUUUAAUGUGGAAUAAUUUUGCUGCAAGGUUUUUUAAGGCAGAAGGGCUAAUUCUUGCAGCGUCGAGUGAUUACCAUAACCGAAAAUAAUCUCUCUCUCUGUCCAAACACAAUGAACCAAUGAAAACUCAGUCUGCGGGAAGCGCGGGAAAGUGACGUGACCAAGUAGUCACAAAGGAUUUUGAUUUAAUUCUCACAGGUUAAGAAAGUGAGAUGCGGUUUUUUAGCUAAUCAUGAGGCUUUUAGCGAAUAACGAAGUAAAAACCGCGAUGUCGUAUCUAAAAGGUUUGUCGAGGCUGACCAAUGUAUGUGAGGCCAAGCUAAAACUGACAUGCAUAUACAACCCUAAUGUUGCUUCGAGCUUGUUCUCUGCUCUUGAAAUCCCUGUUAUAAUUUUACGUCUCUUGCUUAUACUACGCUCACAACUGUGAUGGGUGUUUCAAACUUGAAAUUCACCAUGAUUUCUUUCAUAUUCAUCUGUUUUAUUAUGAUUUUUAGCUAACAGAUGUGUUGUUAUACACUACACCGAUGGGAGCAAAUCAGUAUAAACUCAACAAAAUGCUUCCCCUUCUAGGAAUGCAGGUACGUGUCUAGUAACAAAAUCACCAGAAUCAAUCCUGACAUGUGUCGCUCCUUGUGAGGUGAUCCAAGACAAUCUUAGAGUCAGGAUUCUACGCUUUGGAUUCCUUGUUAGCGGAACUUGGAUUGCGGACUCCUCGUCAGUGGAACUUGGAUUCCGGAUUCCGGAUUCCAAUCGUUAGUUGGAUUCCGGAUUCCUUGAGCUGAUUUCCGGAUUCCAAAAACCAGGAUUUCGAAUUCACAAGCACAAAAUUCCCAGAUUCCGUUAUCUGGAUUACCUUACAUGGGACGACGACGACAAGUGAUUGCCAACAUAGUUAGCAGAUGAGACCGGUUAAACCUAAGAUCAGGCUAUAUUUUCGUUUCGCUUCAUAAAUAAAAUCUGGCGAGAAAGCCAAUUUUAGCGCGACAACGUAAGAGAGAAUGUAUGGAAGCUGCUAAAAUUGGGCCUGAUCUUAUGUUAAAACUGGUUAUAAAAGCCGGCAGACAUCAAAUUUGAAAACAACGGUGCCGCAGUUUAUGUUGGAAGCUCCCUGACUGUGCACAAUCCUUUGUUUUUUGUUCACAAUUUGUGACUGAAUGAAGUAAUCAGUGAUGUUUCUAUUGGUCAGUAAGUUCAAAAUGACAGAAAUGCUAUUGAACGUUGUGCACGGUCAGCAGUGUGCAAAGAAAGUAGUGUCCGAUAGCCCGGGGCUAGUGGAUUUUGCUAUCGGGCUAGUGAAUUCUGUUUUUCACUUGCCCGACGGGCAAGUCAUGUUUUUUGAGGAAUUCAAAUAACAGAGGAACUGUGAAAUCAAUUCUGCUAGUCAAAAAGGUUUUGGGGCUGGUUGAAAUGACGUCUGGGCUAGUAAAUGCUAGCUUCAGCUUGCAUGAAUGGCAAGCUGUAAAAAUUAUUCUCUUUGCACCCUGGUCAGGUCCAAAAAAUCUAACAAAAACAUAUAACAAAGGAGUCUAACGCAUUUUAUAAGCAUUCCACUUUAAUACCUGUGUUGCCAAGAAAGAGGAACUGGAAUUUAUGAAAAGACAGAGAGUCCAGUUACGUGAGAAAUUUCAUAAUAAUACAAAGUAUUCAAAUUAGACAAAGAAAACUGAACUUGCCUGAAAGCUAAACCAAAGAUUACAGAAAAAUUCUAGAAUCCUUAAAGUCAAAAGCAAAAAGGUUGGUUUUCGUUUAACGCAGAGGUUUGAUGUUUGACCUUAAUGUUUCAUUCUGUUAGGUGACCGUUCCAGAUUCUCCUGAUUUUGUCAAUGAAUUCAGCAUUAUUAGUACUACAAGGUCGUUCACUCUCACUGCAAGGUGAGUCUAAAAUGCAACAUCUUAGUUGAAUGUUUGUAUAUUUAGAUGUUAACACCAUAACAGUUGGAAGAGCUUGGCUAGUUCUUUAUACUCAUAAUUCAGGUUUUGGGGUAUUGCUUUUUUCCACAAACGGGAUACAGUACCGGAUGGCUGUUUGCGUUGGUAUAAGAGUCCUUUUGUCGAAGUAUGUAACUGGAACGUGUUUUUUUUUCGUUUUCAGCACUCCAGAGGAGCGGGAUGAGUGGGUGGAGGUAAGUAUCCUUUUUAGGUUUUUCCCCGCUUACGCUUAGGGACAAAAUUUAGUUUGUUGAUAAACAAGUAGUAACAUGUGAAAGUACUGCUGAAGAGGCUUCAUUUGAAUGGUCACACCAUAGGAUUCCGUUGACAUGCCGAAAAGCUAGGAUAAGUUAAUGUGUUCGGAAGGAAUUCUAACCUUAAAAGAACUUUUCACUGCCUCACUAGACGGAUGUAUAUAUUAUCGCGCCUAUCUCAUCUCGGAAAAAAAGAAAAAAAGGAAUAAUGAAUAGUAAAGAACACUCGUCUUCAGUUUUUUGACGAUUCUUCGCUUUUUAUUGUUGUUGUUUUUUUAUAAUUUUUGCUAAUAUUCCUUAAACUUUGCAGGCUUUGAAUAACGCGAUAGAUGUUGUCACAAAAAGGAAAAUAACUUUUGUUGCCAAGACAAGAGACGCAGCCGGACUGGUAAGCAUUUAUGAUUUUGGGAAUUAUUAAUUGUUUUUGGAUUCCGAUGUACCUUAUUGGUUCUUAAUUUCGCGUUUUUUGUAAUUGUAAAAGAGUCGCGAAAUUAGAGACCCGCGAAUUUAAAUCCUCGCGAAAUUUGACACGCGAAAUUUAACAGCCGUAUAGAAAAUUUACUGAAAAAAAUUAACAUGUAAUAAAUACCGGGUAUGUAUCGAUCAUAAAUACACAGAUUACUAACUGUUAUCCUCGGGGAAAACGUUAAAACAUUAUAAGAAAUUAAAAUAUGCGGUUUGCUUGUUCCAGUUUUAAAAGCUACUUUUUAAACAUUCGUUUUGCUUGUGCCAAUUAAUCUAGAAAUUUAAACAAGUUCAGAGUCAUAUCGAGAAAUAAAAUGUGGUUGAAAACGCUUGAGUCGCGAAAUUUAAUACCCUUUUUUAUAGUUGCUUAUUUAGAACGCGAAAAUAAAAUCCCGCGAAUUACGGUUUCGCCAAAUUGGCGAAAUUACAAGGCACCCGCGAAAUUAAGUACCAAUCAGGCAAUCUUUUUUGCCGCCUCGUAUACUUUUCCUUACUAUAUAUCUUAAAACUUUUGUUGUUGGUCGUCGUUAUACUAAGAAGAAACUUUGCUUGUAUUCUCUUUUAUUUCCUGAUACCUGGUUGUCUUCAUCGUUGUUCCUACUGCUUUUGUUCAUGUGUUCAUUAAUUAGCCCUCCUUGUUUCAUAAUAUUUAACUUAUUAAAACAAUAAAAUUAUUCUUACCAAUUUCCGCUCCCAUUUUUGUAAGUAAUAUAGGAGCUUCUCGUAAGGUCACUGGUGUUUCCUCAUUGGUCGCGGAAAACAAUAACAUCAUUGUUCAGAUCAAACCAAUUGGCUUUUAUGGUUAGGAGAGCUGCUACAUGGUCCCUUGUGUGAGUGAUUGCCUACCCUGUGCCAAAGUAAACGGGUUAUACUGUGCAUUCCUUAUCUGUACAUUCAUUUUGUUGCUUUGUUUUCUUCUCCCGCUUAGCUGGCGGAACAAGAUGGAGAAGGUACCAAGCUCGGUGAGAAGGCUCCUGUGUGGAUCCCUGAUGCUCGUGUGACGAUGUGCAUGAGUUGCACAUCACCGUUUACUCUCACCAAUAGAAGACACCACUGCAGAGCCUGUGGUAAUGUAAGUAAUACAGAUCGUAAGUUAGACUGUAAAACAUUCGUUUUGUUUGUUUAGUGGAGGUUGUUGUUUCUUUUCCCGUCAGAUCGGUUAUACAAGGCGUUAAGCCUCGCUAGCGUGCGUCAUGGACGCAGUCUAACCUCGGUUAGUGACGUCUGCAAAGCAGCGACGCUAUCCUUGUUCUUGGUACCCAACGGACUCAAUGAGUUACUAGAAGUGCUUUUCGAAUUUUCGUUCAAUUUCGUUCAAUCAGUGGCUUUUUUAAGAGGCGUACCAUGGCGCACACUCAGGUGGCAGCCCAGAGCAAGGAUUUCGGCGCUGGUUCGCAGACGGACUUAACCGGAAGUUUAGUUUCGUCGGUGUCUAGGCUUUCUCUGUCACGUGCUAUCCACAGUCUUGUCAAAAUAAUUAAAACCCUGUGUACAGCCGCCCCGCCUCCACCCCCUUCUCGCCUCAGAUUUGUUUGAGGGGAGGGGGCGGCUAUUUAUUUCCUAUUAACAGAAGUGUAUCUGUUUCACCACCGCGGUCAAACGUCUAAAUCGUUAUUUUUGUUUUUUAUUGCUGGGAUUUCAUUUACCAGUUAGAGAAAAAUGGGCAAAGAUGUAUAAAUCAGUUAGUCAACAUAACUAUCUUUCCAUUUUUCUCAAAAUUUUGAGCUUUUUUCGCUGAAAACGCUCCGCGCUAAAAGAGAAUCAUGUUUGAAAAUGGCGCCGUUAAUAACGUCAGCAUCGGUUUUCAAUCACUUAGAACUUUUUUAGUGAACUUUUAAAAAGUUUAGUAAACUAACAGGAUGUUGGUAAUACCUUAAACUUUCGAUAGUGAAAGUAGCAACCUUAACUUUGAAGUAUUUCGCUUAACUUUUGCAAAUUUCACUCGUUUGACCGCUGUGAAAUCUGUUUCAGGUUGUGUGUGGAUCGUGUUCAGAGAGUACCGCACCAUUAGCAUACCUUAACUACACCGAGGCAAGAGUGUGCGACAAAUGUUAUGAUCUGCUUUUAAAAGGUGGGUUACCAUUCUUUGGCGUGAGAAAUUUCAUUUUCGAUGAAAUUAGAAAUCUUCUUCGUCUAAGUUUAAAUAAACAUUAUAAAUACACCAUCGAAGCCAACCCUCGCCGAAUUUUGUCUUCGUUAACGCUUCUAUCUUAUGGACGCAACUAACAAUGGUUCCAACUCUGAUAUGUUUAAGACAUGGAUUAAAAGAAAGGGAAAUUCUGUCAAGGUAUCGUCACCGUGCGUAACGUGUCAGUAGUUCCUGUUACAAACCUCUUCCAUCCACGUCCUCCGUAAAGAAGGAAUUUUGAGCAAAGCCUUGAAUGACUGACUGAUACCUCGACGUCCUUCACGCGUAUGUGAAACCGUCGGGCGAAGGCGUUGUCCAAAGCGUUUUGUCUUCCGUUCUCGCAGUCUUGGUCGUUGUAGCUGCUUAGGCCCCCAAUAUUAUUAUUCGGUUAAAUUGCACGACGUAAACUUGCUGUGUAACGGCUGUUUGGUUCAUUUUGUUAACCGUACGCAUCCUUUUUCGCUGUGAAAAUUAAGAAAUACCUUGUUAAUGUCUAAAUCACCGCUUCGUGUCAAGCAAAUGUCUCCCAAGCGUUAUACCAAACGUUACAAGCAAAAACCACAAUUGCAAUCCGUUUCAAUCUUGUUUAAGUUUGUCCAUCCGUGUCUCCUGUUGUAUUCAUUGUGUUAUUUAUACCUUCUUUUCAUGUUUUUAUCAGUUAUUUUUAUGUUUCACUCAGUUUGGUGGUGGUCCCCAUUGUUUGAAUUUUGACAAAUUUUGUGUUGUUGGAAAGCAGAAUAACGAAAGCGUCUCUCCUUCGCUUACUUACGUCAUCCCGUGCUCCUCGUUGUACUUGCAAGGAAAGCCGAGGCGACUGGGGCCGAGUCAUGGUUAUACUUUAUGUAUGAUGCGUUUUUCUUUGCCCACUACAGAGUUCCACACUCAUGAGAUACAUGCAGAUGAAAAGGAAGAAACAACAGCAACGCUACCUCCAUUACUUCAAGAAACAGAAGCAGCAGACAAGCUUUUACGAAAGCCCACCAAGUUUGAGAUGAUGCGGCGGUUUAAGAGCAGAAGAACGAAACGGAAAUCGCAGAUAAUACACCCAACUCACUUAACGGAGGUAACUUUGUUGGCUUGAUUGUAACAGAUAGUAGGGUGUAAUGCGCAGUACGCCCUGUGCAGACGGACACAACAUUGUUGGCCAACAACUCCUAACAUGGUUGGCCCAACAAUGUUGCGUCCGUUUGCAGGUGUCUAAAAGUUUGACCGGUUUCAAACUUUGCGCAACAACUCUCAACAACACGCAACAACAAGCAACAGUGUGAGCAAACGGACGCAAUUUGUACUAUCCAACAAUGUUGGGAGUUGUUGGCCAAUAAUAUUACGUCCGUUUGCAGGGGGCUUUACGCGAGCGGUGAGCGGUGAAGACGUGACAAACCAGACCCUCAUUUGUCAUUGUCAAAGUCUUACCGAAAUGAAUUGCUUUUCUAUAGCGUUGAAGUUAGCCUUCUCUCCUCUCUCCGGAAGUCAAUACAUUGUAUGAAGACGUGUCUUGCAAAGCUAAGUUUUCAGUCUGCAAAUGAAAAGAUAUGGCGCGACUAUUCGAAAGAAUCCUUUUUGCCAGAUCUUCUGCACGUCACCGCUUGCUGGGACUUUUUUCUCUGACCAAAGGUCACUUUUUUAUCUUCAGGUUGUAGCUAAUCAAGAAGGCAUUGAAAUGAGUGGAUAUUUAAGGUUCAAGAAAGGAAGGCAUGGUUGGAAAAAGUCCUGGUUUGUUCUUAAAAACAAUGUGCUGUACUCGUACAAGGCCAGCUCGGUAGGUAAUAUGGUUUAUGACUACAAUUUCUUCCUAAUCUGCCAAUACAGCGGUCUCAUCCUCACUCCUGGCUCCCCGCCGCCGAAGACGCUUCGCGGGAGACCUUCUCCUUCACGUCCCGUGGGGUAACUAAGGAGUGAGAAGGGACGGCUGCGUUAUAUGACAUAUUUUGAGAAAUAUAUUUCUGUGGUGAAAGAACGAAAGAUGGUAAAUUUUAAGCUCGGUGAACAAAUGUAAAGAUGAAAUAAUCAGCAUGUCACGAGCGUGGGACAAAGAAAAAAUUUGAGUCCCCGACAGGAUUCGAACCUAUAACCUUCCAAACACCGGGCGGGCGCUCUAUUCACUGAGCUACGGAGAACUCAUAGAGAGCGAGGCCAUAUACUAGGUCCAUAUUUGACACUAUUUUUUAUUUAUGCUUAUUUAUAUUUUACAUUUUUUAAUUUAUACGUCAGUUCUUGUAGAAUCCUCAAAGGUAUUCGGUAAUUCGGCUUUAAACGAUUGUAGCACGCGUUUAAUUGUCGUGAAAUAGACUUUCUGGCCGCAGAAAUAGAGAGUUACCUUUUAAGUUUGCUGUAGAAAAACAGAAGCGUAAUGAGAGGAAGGUCGAAGGUACCCUGGCCUCAUCAAAGGCCACGACGACGUUACUUAGCUGUUUAAUAAUCUUAUUACUGUAGGACGUGGUGGCACUCGAAACCUUGCCAGUACUUGGGUAUCAAAUUCAGGAUCUUGGAAAGGUAUGUUUUUUUUUCCUAUAACUUUGCAACUUUCGGACCUCAGUGAGUUGUACUCUUGAGCCUGCAAUACAGCCUGAUGGCACUGGGCAGCGGAUACCCUUUUUGACAACUGUCAAUUGGCCAUGAAAUGGAUGUCCAUCAGGUUGUCCACACUUAGCCAGAAAUACCCGGUCAUUACUAGAAAACAGCCAAUCACAGCCUGCGUACUAUUGUAGCCAUACAAUAAAGUGGCAUAUCGGGAAUUUCUUAGGGGUUAGGGAAAGAAACAGACGUUGAGGGACAGCUUGCUUCUCCUCUCCCCCCUUUUCGGUCUCCCUCACCCCCCUUCACCUUAGAGAAGCCGAGUGCUCGGGCUGCACCACAGUUUAUAUGAAGGAAAUGAUAGCGGGCAAUUUUCACGAUAUUUCUUCAUAGGAAGGGGAUGACUUUGUGUUCCACUUAAAACAUAAAGGUGUACCACCGAUUGUAUUCAAAGCAGACAACGAAACUUCAGCAAAAAGGUAA